UUAGUAGUUUAAUUUGAUAUUAAAUUGUAGAGCCCAAAACUGAUCCAAUUCAAAAUCCCCCAAACCAGCCCACUAAAAUCUUGAUUUUUAGAUUAAACAAACUGAGAAUACCUAGUUUUUUGUCGAUAAAUUGAAUCAAAACCCCUUUCAAGAAACCAAAAUUUUAUAUCAAAAAUCAAAUCUUUCAUGGAUCAUUCUCCAGGAAUUUGAUAAAUUCUCACACCCAGAGAAACCCAAGAACUAAAAAGCAAAUGGGGCAGAACACUGGUGCAAGUGGCAAAGGAAAGAAAGAAGAAGAAAUGAAAAAGGAAACAGUAGAAGAAGAAGAAGUUGAAGAAGGUGGAGAAGACGCAGAACAUGAUGAGCAAGAUGGAAUGUCUGUUCAUUCUCCUUGUAAACCUGCCUCUUCUGCUCUUCGCAAGGAGCAAUCGCAGGUGGAAUUGGAGAUAAGAUUGUUGGAGGCUCUUGAAAUCUACCCCCCUGCCAAAUUGAGAGGCAUCCAUCGUCAUUUUGUCCUUUAUGGCUUAACAGAGCAUCUGCGCAGAAGCUUCAAUAGGCAAUUUGCUCCUGAUGAUGUUUUGAAGCUGCUGGACCGCUUCUACAACUUAGAUAUGGUGAAACCAGAUGACGAGGAUGCUGAAAUAAUAAAUCAGGAGGAAGAGUUUUGCCUACCGCAAAGUUAUUUCUCCAAGGAGGAACCUUAAACUAGUUUGGAAUCAAUAUGGAUAUUGAACUUUCACAUAUGGCAACUUUUGUAUAGUAGUAUCAGGGUGGUUAAACUAUUUUUUUUGAUGCCAUAAACAUUCUGCAUCUUCUGUUGGAUCUUCCUUUAUGGGUAGUCCAAAAAUCUUACUGAAAAGUUUGUAUGCAUGGUGAGAAUUGAUUUCAGCUUUCCUAUAUACAGACAGUUUAUCUAUUAACAA